AUGGCGGUUACCGGAGCAAGAGUUCCUUCGCUUACAGCCUCACUUGCUUCUCACACUUCACACCCAUCCAUUUAUCCACCAUGCAACUUACUGUCGUUACAAACGUCACGACCACAGAUUCUGGUUCAUAACAAACUAUCCAUUAAAUCAGUUGCUUUUCAUCACAAGGUACGUAGUCAAAUUGAUCCUGGGACGAAAAGAAUGGAUCAAGUUAAAAGAAGCAGCCAAGAGACAUUGUUAAGCACGAGUGAUCCAAUCAAAACAUUGAAGAUAAUUGACACCAUUCAAAGGUUAGGGAUUGGACGCCAUUUCGAAGAAGAGAUCAACGUACAACUUGGAAAGGUAGGGCAUUGGGAUUUUACUGAAGACCUCUUUGCCACAUCUCUUCAAUUUCGCCUACUGAGACAUAAUGGCUUGCCUAAUUGUUCUGAUGUUUUCAAGAAUUUUCUGGACAAGAGUGGGAAUUUCAAGGAAUCAAUCACCCAUGACAUUUGGGGAAUGUUAAGUCUGUAUGAGGCAUCAUAUCUAGGUGCAAAAGGUGAAGAAGUGUUACAACAGGCCAUGGACUUCUCCACGGCUCAUCUGCACAAAUCACUCCCACAUCUAAGUCCAGAUGGAGGAAAGCUUGUUGCCAGAGCCUUAACACUUCCGAGGCACCUAAGAAUGGGUAGGUUAGAAGCUAGAAACUACAUCGAAGAAUAUAGCCAAGAAAGCAGCCAAAUGCCAGAUCUUUUGGAAUUGGCAAAGUUAGACUAUGCCAUGGUUCAGUCAAUGCACCAAAAAGAAUUGGCAGAGAUCUCUAGGUGGUGGAAUACGUUGGGACUUGUUCAAAGGCUUGGUUUUGCAAGAGAUAGACCAGGAGAGUGCUUUUUAUGGACAGUGGGGAUUUUUCCAGAGCCAUGUUAUUCAAAUUGUCGCAUUGAACUCACAAAAACCAUUUGUAUUCUGCUAGUUAUGGAUGAUAUCUUCGACACUUAUGGUACAUUAGAUGAACUUGUUCUUUUUACCAAGGCAAUCAAAAGGUGGGAUCUUGAUGCGAUGGAGCAGUUGCCUGAAUAUAUGAAGAUAUGCUAUUUGGCACUGUAUAACACCACCCAUGAAAUUGCAUGUAGAAUUCAAAAGGAGCACGAACAAACUGUUGUUUCUUGCUUGAAAAGAACUUGGAUAGACAUAUUUGAAGCUUUUCUAAAAGAAGCCAAAUGGUCCAACAACAAACAUGUGCCAACUUUUCAGGAAUAUUUGGAUAAUGGGGUGAUUUCUUCAGGAUCAUGCAUGGCCUCGGUGCAUGCAACUCUCCUCACUGGGGAUGACCUCUCAAAGGAAACCAUUUCUCUGAUGAUGAACCCAUAUCCAAGACUUUUCUCAUGCUCCGGGGAAAUUCUAAGACUUUGGGACGACUUAGGCACCUCAAGGGAAGAACAAGAGAGAGGAGAUAAUGCUUGCAGCAUACAGUGUCUGAUGAGACAGAAUAAUAUUUCGGAUGAAAAUGUUGCCAGAAAAGAUAUAAGACGGCUUAUCCGGAACUUAUGGCCAGAGUUAAAUAAUCUUGCUUUGACCACAAACUCUUUGCCUUUAUCAGCUUCCAAGGCUUCUCUUAACAUGGCUAGAACUGCUCAGGUUAUUUAUCAACAUGGAGAUGAUCAAAACACAUUUACAGUUGAUUAUAUCCAAACACUGCUCUUUACACCCUCUACCAACUAUUGA